CCGAGAAAUUCAAAUCAUCUUCUAUAUGAUGACGCCAAGUGACCAAGGCCGGCGGCGCGCUUGUAGAUGGAUGCUUCGCAGCCUAGACUUCGGAAUACAUAUACGAAAGCAGAAGAAAUUGGCCAAUCACUGCUGUAUCUUGUGUAUAGUAAACACAUAUGAAUGAUACGCAAUGGUGCAACCUGGUCUAGGAUUGCGUGCUAGGUAUUGCGUGAUUGAAGCCCCGCGAUAGGUAGACUGUAGAGGGGAAGAUCGGGAGAAAGGAAAAGGUUACAAUGACUUUAACCUAAUCUCGAUUCCCUCUUACGGCCUAAGACGGUGGGAAAGACUUGUAUAUCAUAAAGGUGAUAUUUAACCACAUCGAAUGAAUUUAUACCCUAUCUCUUAUUAAUCAGUCACUCUCCUACAUCCUCCAACUCGGGCACCCUGACAUAUCCUCCCUCACCCUUAGACAUAUCGGGAUAGACCAGAGAACUGCUACCUAGUCAUGGCUCCCGCCGUAGAUAUUGAGACACCGGCUGAUGUCAUUCAGAGCCUAAAGGCCAAGGCUAAGCAAGUUGAUCGCUCGAUCUUUCCAGAUGGACUAAAGACAACAGGUCAACAUCCGCCUCUGUAUGAUAAGCUCUACCCAUACAGCGCUUUUCCUAAGCACAUCGAGGGACCUACGGAAUGGAAGGCGGAGGACUACGCCAACAACCCGGAGAGAUGGGUUCACCAAUUCUCCCAAGAUGAACUCGAUGAGAUAUCCAAGGCCGCGGAUAGCUUCAUCCAAUUAGGUCUACCCUUAACUGGAAUAUCGAAAGAAAACUUCCGGCUCCCAGGUUUAGAACCAUCGCUAGAGACUAUGCGUCGAGAGCUACUAAACGGAAAGGGAUUCAUCCUAUACAAAGGCUUCCCCGUCGGCGAAUGGGGCAUCCCCAAAUCGGCUGUCGCCUACAUGGGCCUGGGCGUCUACAUCGGCUACCCGGUAUCGCAAAACGGCCACGGCCACAUCCUAGGCCACGUCAAGGACCUCGGCGAGGACAGCACGCAGAUCGACAAAGUGCGAAUAUACCGGACCAACGCGCGGCAAUUCUUCCACGCCGACGACUGCGACAUCGUAGGCCUGCUCUGCCUGUCGAAAGCCGAGUUUGGCGGCGAGUCGGACGUAGCCUCCAUCCACAACGUCUGGAACAUCCUGCAAGCAGAGCGUCCGGACGUCGCCGAGCUGCUCACCCAGCCGAUCUGGUACUUCGACCGCAAGGGCGAGGUCUCGGAGGGCGAGGAGCCGUAUAUCCGGACGUCCGUGUUCUACCUCGAGACGCCGGACCCGGCUCACCCCGAGCGCGAGCAGCGCGUCUACUGCAAGUGGGAUCCGUACUACGUGCGCAGCCUAACGCGGUUCUCGGACAAGGGCAUCAUCCCGCCGCUGUCGCCCGCGCAGCAGGAAGCCACGCGGGUUCUCGAAGAGACCUGCGAAAGGGUGAAGCUGCACAUGGUACUGGACAUCGGCGACAUCCAGUUCGUGGCCAACUCGCACACGCUACACGCCAGAACGGCGUACCGCGACUUCGGGCCGGAUAGCGGUAAGCCGAGACGGCAUCUGUUGAGGCUGUGGUUGGCUGUGCCGCAGGACGAAGGGGGGUGGAGGUUGCCGUUUUGGGACUCGGAUGAGAAGAAGCGCGGUGGGAUUCAAGUUAAUGAUAACGCUCCGGUUGCGAGGCUGGAGGCUGAUUAAGGGGUGGAUGGAUGUAUAGAAUAUGAUGUCUUGUUCGCAAUAGCGUAGGUACCUAACCUACCUAGACUCGGCUUGGAGCAACCUAUAGUAUAAUGAGAGAUGAGGUUGACGAUUAACAUAGAGAUUAGCCAGGCCUAUUUGGUUUUAAUAGCAUGGGAAUAACAUAGGCACUUGACACUGUCGUUUGAACAUAGACAGUAAACUUGCACUCCUAAGCCCAUAAGUUCAAGUGCUGUGAUUAUGGGUUUGAUUUUGAUUUUAGUUCUUUUACUCAGUAGUUGAAGCUGGGGAAGCGGACUUAGCCAACUACCAACCCAACGCUCCCGUGGCGAUCCGGAACUGUCAUUCCACCCAUGUACAUAGGAAUGGUCACUGGGGCUGAUGUCUCUUAUGUAGAGAUAAUACGUAGCGCUACACCGUAAAGGGCAAUCUAGGAGGAACGCUCAGACGCGCGGAAGAUAGCCGGUUCGUCGGGAUGGAAGUGCCUAGGCGCUUUGGAGGUUAGUUGGUGUGCCCAACUCGCUAACCUACGCAUUUAUGUAUGUAUGGUGUUUGGAGAUAAAUAAGCGAGGGUGAAGAUACAUAGUUCGUUCGUGGGAGAAUUGGUGGCUUGGUUUAUGGCGAUGGGUAAGGUAUCGUGUAAAGUUUAAGCGUC